UUUGUUGUGUAUUCAGGGUUUCAGUGCAGGUGCUAUCCCUUUAGAAGUGAGCUUGUUCUACCCUUCCUUCCUAGACCUCGAGAAGAGAGGAUUCUAGCAAGCCAGCAUUCCAGAGAAGCUGAUGCUGAUUCUCUCCAGUCCUUGUUGUCUGGCUGGGAUAAUCCCAUAUUUGCUUGCUACCCAGAGGUUGCUGUUGAUGUGAGUAGUAGCCAGGCUGGGAAUCUGGCUGUGAAAGUUCAUAAUAUCUUGUAUCCCUAUCGUUUCACCAAGGAGAUGAUUCAUUCAAUGCAGGUUCUUCAGCAAGUGGACAAUAAAUUUAUUGCUUGUUUAAUCAAUACUAGGAGUGAAGUGAAUGAAUAUUCAGAUGGUAAUCUGCUAGUGUUGGUGGAUCAGCAUGCAGCCCAUGAGCGUAUCCGCUUGGAGCAGCUCAUUGCAGAGUCAUAUGAGAAACCAUCUGCAGUAUCUGGUAAAAAGAAAUUACUGUCCUCCAUCAUCUGUCCUCCAUUGGAGAUUGAAGUAACAGAGGAACAAAGGAGACUCUUACGGUGCUGUUACAAAAGCCUGGAGGAUUUGGGCCUUGGAUUAUCAUUUCCAGAGAACAGGAACCAAAUUCUAGUGGGGAAAGUGCCCUUGUGCUUCAUGGAGAGAGAGGCCAAUGAAUUACGACGGAAAAGACAGCCUGUAGCUAAAAGCAUUGUGGAGGAGUUAAUUCAAGAGCAAAUUGAGCUACUGCAGACCACAGGAGGAGCACGAGGGACACUACCUCUGACAUUUCUGAAGGUGCUGGCUUCUCAAGCGUGCCAUGGAGCUAUUAAGUUCAAUGACAGUUUGACUAUGGAGGAGAGCUCCCAGCUUAUUGAAGCUUUGUCCUGCUGCCAGCUGCCCUUCCAGUGUGCUCAUGGGAGACCUUCCAUGCUACCCCUUGCAGAUAUAGACCACUUGCCACAGGAAAAGCAGCAGCCUAAACCUAAUUUGGCUAAACUGAGAAAAAUGGCCCAAGCCUGGCAGCUGUUUGGGAAACAAAGACAUCACCAUGGAACUGAGCGGUGAAAACCAGGAUCCCAAGAGUGCUGUUGUCACUCAACUCCUUUCAACCAGCAUUCUGCAUGGACUUGCCUCCUGAGCCAGGACAGAAGCAGAGGUCCUGCCCUGAUAGCUAACCUGCUGAGGAGUAGAGAUCAGCCCUGGGAGUGUGGCUUGAGAGGGCGGCUAUAUCUCAGGGAAGUGGCUUCAACACUGAGAAUGAUGGUUUUCUUUAUUCAAUUCUCAGUCGUUCAAGGCUAGAAUCUGCCUCCCACUUGCAGGUGCUGAAUUCCCUUUUCCUUGUGAGGAUGAUUUUAGUCUAUGUAUUUACAGUGCUUUGGCUACAUAUUUAUUAAUAAACCUAAAUACACUUUCA